AUGUUCACAAGUUGUCUCAUGACCAACAACUUAUACUGUGUUCAAAUAGACGCACUCAAUUCUGGAUAUCCAUUUUCAUUCUUUAAAAUCAACACCUAUUUGAGCAGCCUCACUUUGGCCUUACAGAAAGGCACCGUAUUUUUCCAAUUGGCGUUAUCGUUUAAUAGAUUUUUUGCCAUCUUCUAUCAAAGUCAAUAUUACCACGUUACUGAGCGCUUGUUACCUCUUCAAGUUUGUUUAUUCUUUGGAAUUCCUUUAGUGCUUUAUGGUGGAAUGCAAACUGGAGUCAAAAUAUGGAACGAUCAAGGAACGACAAGGUAUACUUUCGGUGGUCCACUGUAUGAUCCAAGAAUGGGCGCUUUCACAGUGUUUUAUGUGCGGAAUCGAGAAUGGAGGCAGCACUUGAAAGCCUCUCUUGAGUACGCUUCAGCAGCUGUUGAUAUAAUCAUUUUAUUUCUGGAUUUGACUAUUUUCAAGAAAGUAACCGAACAGCAAAAGCAAAAAGUGUUUCACGCAAACGGAAUUGAGCGUCGACUUUUGAAGCAAGUAAGUACAGAAUUCGUAAUCAUU